UCUUUUGUUAUCGUCCAACAGAGUCUGAUGCGUCGUUUCGUGAAACGAGAGGUUCUGCAGGACAUCACCACAGCCCAGCUUACCAAACUGGACAUAGGUGACAAGAAUAUCUUGAUGCCGGUGCACUGUGUUGAUAUUGGCUUGGGUGCUGAGGAGGCCCUCAAGAACAGCAAAAGUUCAGACCUCAGGAUUCUUGAAUUUAAAAGGGACUGCAUGCAAGGACUCUCAAGUAUGGUGAAGAAAGUACAGGAGAAGAGUCCUCUUAAGUACAGUACCGUUAGGCAGAUGGAUUGUCUAGACCCCACAGUGAUGAGCAGUGAUCCAGACGGCUGCAAGGCAAAGAUGAAGGGACUUGUGCAGACAUUUCUGCUCAACAGGCAGCUGGCAGGAGGAGUUUGUGCUGGGGACACCAUUCUCCAACAGUUCGAUGCUGCGUUGUCUGUGGAGUGCAGGCAUGAAGAUUUCAUCUCCUUCAAGCCAAUGCAAAAGAGGCUAGAUGUCUUCCUUCAUGGCUUCAUCGGCAAGGCAUACCCAGAUCUUUGGGCGUUUUGCAAGACCCUUUUACUGCUUUCUCAUGGUCAGGCGUCUGUAGAGAGAGGCUUCUCAGUGAACAAAGAGAUCGAGACGGAGAAUAUGCAAGAAGAAACAUUGGUCGCACACAGGCUUGUUUACGACUAUGUUGCAAUACAUGGGGGCGUUACCAAGGUUCCACUUACACCUGACCUAAUGAAAUCUGUCAUGGCUGCCAGGUCACGGUACCGUGUGCAUUUGGACGAACAGAGGAAGAAGAAGGAGACAGAGACACAAGGGAAGAAAAGGGCACACGCGGAGGAGCAGUUACAAGACCUGAAAGUCAAGAGGGACAGUCUACAUAAAGUUACUGAGAGCCUGGGCAAAGAGGCAGAUGAGUUGGCAGAGCAAGCAGAGGGCAAGGCUGGGAGCAAAAUGGCACAUCUGAUUUCAAAAUCAAAUGCUCUGAGGAGGGCUGCCAAAGACAAGCUCUCCCAGCUUAAGGUUCUGGGGGAUGAAAUUGCCACCAAAAGUGCAGAGCUUAAAAGCAUGUAAAUAAUGUAAAUAAUAUGUUUGUUUCAUUGACAAUAAAUGUAAAUUGACGGCAA